GGGACGAGAGAGCCGAGAUGGCAUCGUUGGCCUGUUGUAACUUGUACCGGAAGUUCAAACCGCAUUUGCUCAUGAUUCUGACUCAGAUAGGUUACACCUUCCUGUACUUCAUAACUGAAGCUUCGUUCAACCACGGGAUGAACCCUCAUGUGUACAUAACCUAUCGGCACAUCGUGGCCGGCUUUGUUAUGCUCCCAUUUGCCUAUUUUCUCGAAAGAAAAACAAGGCCACAGCUAACGGUGUCUCUGUUUGUGGAGAUCUUCAUCCUGUCCCUCUUGGGAGUCGGACUGACGCUAAACAUGUAUUUCGCAAGUUUGAGAUACACAUCCCCAACGUUUCUUGCGUCAAUGGUGAAUACCAUAGCUUCCUUGACUUUUGUCAUUGCCAUUGCGCUCAGGUUGGAGGUUCUCAACCUCCGAAACCCUCGAGGGAUGGCGAAAGCCCUCGGGACGUUAGUCUCCUUGGCGGGUGUGACAACGAUGACAUUGUACAAAGGCCCAAUCAUGAGGAACUUGUGGCAUCCUCUGAUCCAUAUUGGAGGCAACACCAGUGUCCGGGAGGACUGGUUGAAGGGCUCGGUCCUCACCAUUGCGAGCUGCGUCACAUGGUCAAUAUGGUACAUCAUGCAGGCAUACACGUUAAAGAGAUACCCGGCACAGCUUUCCUUGACUACAUGGAUGAGCUUUGUCGGUGGAGCGCAAUCGGCAGUCUUCACAGUGAUUGUCGAGCAUAAACGAGCUGCUUGGACAAUCGGAUUUAACAUAGAUUUUUGGUCCACCUUAUAUGGUGGAGUGGUUUGCUCAGGUUUAAUCAUCUUCAUUCAGCUGUGGUGCACCGAAGAGAAGGGACCAGUGUUUGUCACCAUGUUCAACCCACUCUCGACGAUUUUAGUCGCCAUGCUAGCAUAUUUCGUCCUCGGCGAGAAGCUCUACUUGGGCAGCAUAAUCGGGGCAGUCAUUGUCAUUAUCGGGCUGUACUUGCUGCUGUGGGGAAAGGAUAAGGAUCAAGGAGGUCGAGUCGAGUCUGAGGAGCAAUCUUACUCGACUUCCGAAGGACGAAAUGCAGAAAAGCAACGAGUCGUCACACCGAGCCUAAGAGAACUACCAAAAGCCGAAGCUUAGGAGUCAAAUGCGGGCUCCGCGUUACAACAGAGUGAGGGUCCUUGUUUAUUUGUUGUUUUUGCAUCGAAAUUUCCAAAAGAAGAGAAUAUGAGAAGCCUCAGAAUCCCGAAUGAGCA